AUGGCCGCCACAUUUUCCUACGCCCAAGCAGCAAAGGGCUUGCCGGCAACACAAUCGCCCGCCUCGAAACCUGAGGAGCAAAAUACCGAUUCCAGUGCGCAAGCGAACGAGGCCCCUGCGACUACCGAAACGGAUGCUCCUGCUGAGGCAGAGAAGACCAUCGCCCCUAGUGACAAGGAAGCGGAACCCGCUGCGGCCGCCAACGCCAACCAGACCAUCUCCGGGAUGUCCUCUCCCAGUGUUGCCAACUCGUCCACCACCGCACCAAAGGACGAAGACUCGAAUACAGUGAACGGUUCCUCGGAGUCGACAUGGGACAAGCAGUCCCAAGUAUCAGGAGCUGAGAAGCCCACAGAAGAGGCCAAUGAGAAGAAGGAUGAGAAGAAGGAUGAGAAGAAGGAUGAGAAGAAGGAUGUCCCACCAAAGGAGCUCAAGGCAGCCCCUCUGCCCUCUGUCAAUGUUUGGCAGCAAAGAAAAGAAGCACAAGAGGCCAAGGCCAAAGCUGUGGCGGCUUCGAAACCCGCUUCUAGCAAGACUGGUGCUUCCAAGACUGCAUCAGCGGCGUCUUCGACAACGGGCGAACCCCAGCAGGAGCUGCCCAAAGCAGCAUUGAAGAAGAAGGGAGCAGAUGGCGCGCCUGACGGUGCUAAGCGGAAUAAGGCUGAUGGAGCCAAGGGCCGCGAUGAGGAUGUACCUCCAGUGGCCGAUGCUUCGAUGUGGCCCACACCCCAGGUUGCCCAGGGUGAGGAGAAGAAGAAGGCUCAGGAGAAGCUCGAAAAGGCCGACAAGACUGAAAAGACCGAGAAGAGCGCUGGUGGCCGCCAUGGCAAGGAGAAAUGGAUGCCCGUUCCCUACGUGCCCAGCGCAGUCUUCAACACCCCGCUUCCGACUGCUGGUGCUCGCAGAGGUGGCCGUGUCGCACGAGGUGGAAGGGAGGCUGGUCGUCACGGUCCUCAUGGCGCCGCUGCCGCCGCCGCCGCCGCCGAGAAGACUGCUUCGAACCAAGCCUCUCAGGGUGCCGCCAAGCAGACGGCUUCCGAGCCCAACACUAGCCGGGCCAACUCUUUCCCUUCGAAACGAUCCAACAGCGCUGAGGCUCCUGUCGGUGCUCCCGACUCGCGCAAGGGCGCUGACCGGAGCCGUGGCCCCAAGGGAGCGGACGAGACAAACGUUGGCAAGCAGGUCAACGGAGACUCAUUCCCCCGUCAUGGCAAGGGUUUCUCGAGAAACCAUGAGUCUGCCCACAAGGGUGACAGGACUCCUCUGUCCGUUGAUCCCCAGGCCCGCAAUGGUGUGACCCAGGACCGCCGCUUUGAGAAUGGACCCAAGUCCGCUGACUUUGGUGGUUUCCACGCCGAUCGCGAGAACCACCACCACAACCACCACCGGGAGCGUGGUGACUCGCGUCCCGAGCGCGGACGGGGUGGUUCUCACCGGGGACGCGGUGGCCACUCGGGACAUGGCUCGCAAGCCCCCUUCUACAACCCGAUGCAGCACUCCUUCGUUCACCCCAAGUCGUUUGGUUACAACAAGAGCAUGAACAACCGCGUUCCUUUGCGGUCUCCCUCGCUGCCUAACUCGGCUAUGUAUGGUGUCUACCCCUUCCCUGCCGACAUCAACACCAUGUAUGCCGCCUAUCAGCCUAUGCCCGCCGGCCCCAUGACGGCAUUCCCCUACCAGCCAUACAUGGAGCCUUUCUCUCUUAUGAGCAUGAUUUCGAUGCAACUUGAAUACUACUUCUCCGUUGACAACCUGUGCAAGGACUUGUUCCUCCGGAAGCACAUGGACUCGCAAGGAUUCGUUGCAUUGAACUUCAUUUCCAACUUCAAGCGGAUCAAGACUCUGACCGAGGACUAUGAACUCCUUCGCCACGUCUCGCGUCAACUUCGCAAUGUCGAGCACUACAUCGGCGAAGACGGCGUCGACCGAUUGCGCCCAAGAGAGCACUGGGCGCAGUGGGUUUUCCCGAUUGACCAGCGUGACCCCUCUGCUCAGAGCGAAGGACCCCCUCCGUCGCGAGUUGAGAACUCGCCGGCCCAGAACCACGUCGAGGGAGCUGUUAACGGUGUGAGCCACCACCAUUCGUUGCCAAAUGGCACUUCGAAAACAUCUUUAUCCUCGGCGGCCCCGGAGUUCUCGCCUUCCAAGCCUGUGGCCCCGCAGAAUGAGGUUGCAAAUGCGAACUAA